CGCUGACUCGAUCGACGGUGACCACAGACCAGCAUUGCCCUCCCGACGCCAUGGAGGCCACUUCUUCCGCUGUCGCUCGGCUCCGUCAGCGGCUCACCGUCGCGCGCAAGCGCGUCGGCUGCGCCCGCGCUGCCGGCGGCCCCUUCAAGCCCAUCGCCCAGGGCUUCAUCAACUUCUUUGAGUCGAUGUUCGCCUCCGUCGCCAUGGCGAAUGCCGACGUGAUUGGAACCUUCGCCCACUUCGACAUGCUGGGCAACGAGGAGGAAGAGUACGAGGUGGCCAUCACUGUCAAGGCCACUCCGACCGCCGCCGUUCCCGCGAAUGAUAUCGCGAUUGAGAGCAGCACCGCUGAGGCGGCGGAUCCCACCGAGCAGACGGUUGGUGACGAGGUUCCGGUUGCGGAGAAUCCUGCCGUCCCUGCUGAGCUCACUCCUCCCCAGCAGGAGACCGAGACCCCCACAUGCGGCGCCGAGGUCGCCGAAGUUGCUGAGAAUAUCUCUGUGGUGGACACCACCACCGUUCCUGCUGCGACCGAUGAGCCCGUCGCCGAAGUUACCGCCGCCGAGACUGAGGUCGAGGAUGCACCUGCUGUGGAGUCGGCGUCGGUCGCUGCUGAGGGCCAAGACUCAAUGUCCGAGGCUCUUGUUACCGAGUCUGCCCUGGCCACCGACGACAUUUCGGUUGCCGAAGAGAUGGCCGAGUUCCCGAUCGAGGCUCCUGCCAUCGAAACCAUUUCCACGUCUGCUGUUCACGACGAGAACUGCACCACGCCCACUUGCCAGGAUGAAGAGCCGGUGCACCAGCUCACUGAGAACGCACCCGAUGAUGACAUCGUCGCAGAGCAACAGAACGAUGUGAAGGACUGUGACGAGACUGUCGAGGAUCUCGUUAAAGAGACUGAGGCUGCUCCAGAGAGCAGCGGUCCUGAGGAGCCCGCCCAGAACACUGAAGAGACCGGGGGCAACAUGGAUGCUAAGCAUGGCUCCGAAGACGACACGAUCCCCCCGCAAGAUGCCGUCCCUGCGCUUGAGCAGGCCUCCGAAGAGAGCUCUGACGAGGAGGACAUCGCUGGCGAGAUCAUCUCGGAAGCUGACACCAUUGACAAGGCCAACAACAAUGCGCCGGCCACCUCCGCCGACCUUGCCGUGCCCAAGUGGCCUCUCAUCUUUGAGGACGACUUCGAUGCCGCGGCGUCCUCAGUUUUUGAUCACCAGUUCACGCGGCUGAUGGACAUCGACUAUAGCUGGUCCAUCCCUCAUAUUGGCGAGAGGAUCAAGACCAAGCGCGAAACUGAGCGCGAGCUUGUGCGCCAGACGCUGACCAGCUGGCUCCCGACACGGGCCAUCAACCUCCAGGAUUUGCUGCUGGAGCAGGCCGCCCGCGGGCCUUCUACUAACCCCACCACCAAAGGAGCCACUCCCGCGGAGAAGGACGCGACUCCUGCGGACUUCGUGGCGACCAAGAAGGAGGCCGACACCCGCCCCACAUCCGAAGAUACCGGCGCCACUGUCGACCUUGCCGACGCCAUCCCCGCCGGCCGUAGCCACUCCCGGAGCCCAUCUUCGAGCAGCUCCGAGUCUCAGCUUACUUCCGGCUCCGCUUCUGAGAACGAAGCGUGCCCUGGAACGCCGGUGACCGACUACUGCUCGACUCCCACUAAGGAGGGUGACUCGGCUGCCAUCGCUCAGCCCGCUCCUGAUGCCGAUCUCGAUGCGAACCCUGACGACGCCAAAGAGGAUGCGGCCGCGAACUAGGAAAUCGUGGCCACAUAUCCCGUACCCGGCAAGGAGCUGCGCGACUUCGAGGUCGAGUACGCGGUGCUCACCAACGGCGAAGUCUGGUACCACUACCCCGGCACCGGCGAAUUCAUUCCCUUGACGCCGGAA